CUUUCAAAUAUAAUGAAACAAUAAAUGGAGUUAUAUCUAGCCAAUCUAUAAAGAUCUUAGAUUUUAGUUUUUUAAAGAACAUUAAUCUAUAUAUAUAGAGAGAGAGAGCUAGUGUACAACACCAGGCAAGAAAACUUAGACAUGGCUCAAUUUGAAAGUCCAUUUUCUUGGUUCAAUUUGCUUUCCCUUUUGCUAAUCAAUGUGUGUGUUUGUGGGGUUUUCUCCUUGAGUCUUGAUGGAAAUGCUCAGUACAUUUCAGCUGUUGGAGAUUCAGGGAUGAGAAGGGAUGGGCUAAGAGUGGCCAUAGAGGCAUGGAACCAAUGUAAUGAGGUUGGAGAAGAAGCUCCCAAAAUGGGAAGCCCAAGAGCUGCUGAUUGCUUUGAUGCUAACAAAGCCUCAAAUCAAUACACGUUGCAACAUAAAGUGACUGAGCAAGACAACAAGUUAGGCGUAGGAAAACCAUUUCCAGGACUGAAGAAGCCGGCGCUUAACAACGUAGACCUUUAUGCAGCGGAGAAAGAACUAUAUUUGGGAUCAAAAUGUCAAGUUGAUGACAAGCCAAAUCCAUGGCAAUUCUGGAUGAUCAUGCUUAAGAGUGGUAACAUGGAUACUUUCGCUGCUAAAUGCCCGAAAAAUGGUGUCAAAGUACCACCAUUCGGACCACCUAGCCAAUUUCCAUGUUUUGGGAAAGGAUGCAUGAAUCAGCCAUUGAUUUACCACAAUUACACAACUUUACAAGGGACAACUCUUAAAGGGAGUUUUUAUGGAACAUGGGAUUUGACCCAAGGAAGUGCAACCUCUUUCUAUUCUGUGACAUGGCAGAAAGAACUAGGUAAAGGAAGCUGGAUUUUCCACAAUCUUUUAAGGACCUCAACAAAGUAUCCUUGGUUGAUGCUUUACUUAAGAUCAGAUGCCACUUCUGGUUUUUCUGGUGGAUACCAUUACCAAACCAGGGGCAUGACAAAAAUUAUACCAGAAUCACCAAAUUUUAAGGUAAGAUUCACACUGAAUGUGAUCCAAGGUGGAGGCCGCAACAGCCAAUUUUACCUGAUGGACAUGGGGAGUUGUUGGAAGAACAACGGUAAGCCAUGCGACGGAGACGUGACUUCAGAUGUCACAAGAUACAGCGAGAUGAUCCUGAAUCCAGAAACACCAUCCUGGUGCAACCGAGAUAGCCAAAAAUCGUGCCCUCCAUACCACACAUUUCCAAAUGGAACAAAAGUUCAUCGAAGCGACAAGUCUCAUUUUCCCUAUGAGGCUUACCAUUAUUAUUGUUCACCAGGGAAUGGGAUACAUAUCGAGCAACCUAGUUCACCAUGUGAUCCUUACAGUAAUCCUCAACCUCAGGAGAUUUUGCAGAUUUUGCCACAUCCCGUUUGGGGUGAAUAUGGUUAUCCUACUAAGAAAGGACAAGGUUGGAUUGGUGAUCCAAGAACUUGGGAGCUUGAUGUUGGGAGACUGUCUCAAUCCCUUUACUUUUACCAGGAUCCAGGCACUGCACCAGCAAAGAGGAGGUGGAGUUCAAUUGACUUAGGAACUGAAAUUUUUAAAGAUGCUAAUCAAGUGGCAGAGUGGACUGUCUCUGAUUUUGACAUUCUAGUACCCAAGUAGAAUUAGAAGGAUUAAAUGUAAACACAAGAACAAAGAACACCAGUAUUCGAAAUUGAGAAAUAGAAAAAGAUUCUAAUGAAUUAUUUUCUUUCAAUUAUUGAA